CACUGUAAUUUUUCUACUUUGUGGAAGUCCUGUGUGGAUGAGUGGAGAUUGAUUGAUUGCGGUUAGGUUGCAUCAGGACUUUGUUAGUUUUUACUUGAAAGAUUAAUACGACACGAUAUUUUGAAAUAUCUGUGAGUAAUUUUUCAUAAAGACAAAUAAUGUCAGGACGAAGUCAACAGACGCGACGAGUGCAGGAGAUGGAUCCACGGAUUAAUUACGUACAGUGUGAUGGCUUGGUGGUUAUGAAGAUGGUUAAACAUUGUCAUGAGGAAGCAUCGAGUAACAUGGAAGUAGCGCAAGGAGCUCUCCUUGGUUUAAACGUGCAAGGUCGCCUUGAGAUUACCAACUGCUUUCCAUUUUCUAAAAAUGAUGAUGUUGUUGAUGAAGAGGACUAUCAAUUAAGUAUGAUGCGAAGAUUGCGUAUCGUUAACGUAGAUCAUUUCCAUGUUGGAUGGUAUCAAAGUGCUGACGUUGGUAAUUUUUUAAGUCUGCCAUUGUUGGAAUCUCAAUAUCAUUAUCAAACAUCUAUAGAAGAGUCGGUCGUUAUUAUUUAUGAUACAGCAAAAUCAGCCAGAGGUUUCUUAACUCUUAAAGCUUAUCGUUUGACUCCGCAAGCUAUACAGAUGUACAAAGAUGGUGAAUUUACAUCCGAGGCACUUAAAAAUUUAAAAGUUGGCUAUGAAGAUUUGUUCGUUGAACUUCCUAUUGUAGUUAGAAAUAGUGCUUUAACAAAUAUCGUUAUGUCAGAACUCGAAGAAAUGAUUCCAGAAGAAGAAGGAACUAAAUAUUUGGACUUGGGAACUGCAACUGUAUUAGAGAAUCAACUGCGUUGUAUGAUGGAUAGAGUAGAUGAAUUAAAUCAGGAAGCUAUUAAGUUCAAUCGUUAUCAGAGUAUGGUUAUUCGUCAGCAACAAGAUAAAAACAGACUAUUGCAGAAGAGGGCUCAAGAGAAUGCUGCUCGUGCUGCUAAAGAUGAGCCGCCGUUACCCGAAGAAGAUAUCAAUAAACUCAUUAGACCGAUACCAGUACCACUGAGAUUGAGUCCAAUGAUAACCGCCGGACAAAUCAAUACAUACAGUCAACACGUUUCUCAAUUCUGUGCCCAAAGCUUAGCUAAACUGUAUAUUACUCAGAGUCUUCAAAACGCUAAGGAAGCAAAAGCAUCUAUUCGAUAAACAUAAAAAAGCAUGCUCUGUCAAUAAAAUUUAUCUAAAUGAGAAAUUUAAUUAAAAAAUUGAUAAUAAAAAGUAAUUUUCAUGUUUUUUGUGUGUAUAUUAAUGUACCAUCUAAUAAUUCCUCGAUUGAGAAAUGUAU